AUGAUGAAUCCGGGUUGCAUUUCCUCAUACUGCAUCCGAAUCGCGCCGGAGCAACCCUUGACGUUUGCAGUUGCUCUAUCAGAAUCAACAAUGGUGUCAGGAAAGAAAACGAAGAAGACUCAUGAAAGUAUCAACAACAGGCUGGCUCUUGUAAUGAAGAGUGGAAAGUACACUCUUGGUUACAAGACAGUUCUUGAGUCCCUCAGAAGCUCCAAAGGUAAACUGAUCAUCAUUUCCAACAAUUGUCCACCCUUGAGGAAAUCUGAGAUUGAGUACUAUGCAAUGCUUGCCAAGGUUGGGGUUCACCAUUACAAUGGAAACAAUGUUGAUCUUGGAACUGCAUGUGGGAAGUAUUUCCGGGUGUCAUGUUUAAGUAUCAUUGAUGCAGGUGAUUCUGACAUCAUCAAAAGUCUUCCAGGAGACCAGUGAAAGAUUUAAAAGUCUGUACUCUUUUUGUUUUUUAUAUUUAUUCAAACUUUUGGCAAAGUAUAUUACCCUCUAUUGAGUUUUGGAAUGGUUUUGUUAGUAUAGUGAUUUGGUGCCUUUGUAUUUGGUUGUUUAUUGUGUUGUUUGACCUUGUUAUUUUAAAAAAAAAAAAAUUGAAAUGUUUGAUCAC